AAAAUAAAAAAAUAAAAAUAAAAAAAUUAAAACAGAGAAAGACGAAUUUACAAUCCCGCCCACCCCUGCAACUUCCCUUUUCUCCUUUUCUUCACUGCUUCUACAAAAACCAUGCUACACCUGCAACAGCAUCAAAAACUUAAAAAAACAAAAAAAUACAAAAAUACAAAAAUGAAAUAGUAAUUGAAUAAAAUAAAAACUUUGAGCUCCCAAAAACCUUAAAAAAUCCCCUGCUACAUCCCAAUUUUUUCUCUCUCUAAACCUUCUCUCUCCAAACACCGAUUCCCUCCCGAAUUUCGCAAAACGCCAUGCCCAAAUCGUUGAAGCUUUUCCUGCACGUGUCGACAACGAUGCCGUAGGAUCAAGAAAUUUCGUCCAGUUUGCUGCAUUAGAGGGCGAGGCUAGUUUCAGCUGCUGGCUUAUUUGUACUGAUGCUUUUUUGGCAAUGGAGUAGAGUUAAUGGGGAAUUGUGUAUGCCUGCGUUUCGUCUUGGCUUGGUGAGGUUGUUUUAGUGUGAAGAAGCUGGAAUUCGGGUUAGGGUUCUGUUUGGUUGUGUAGGAGAUGAAAGAAGGCUUGAGAUCUUGGGGACUUACUGUGAAUGAUGAGAAAAAAGGGGAUGAAGAGAAACAAGAAAGUUGUAAUAAGGGCGGUGAAAAUAUUCUGCAUUUGGAUUUAGGUGAUCCUGGACCUGUGGGAGAGUCGCUGGGCAUGGAAAUUGAGAAGCAGGGCGAUGGGUUGGGGGAGCACUCUGGAGAAGAUGGUGACAAGGGUAGGAGAAAUGAUGGACUAACUGAGAAUGAGAGGAACAAAAAGAUGGUGGAUAGUGGUGAGAAAAUUACUAACAUUGACACUGAGAAUAAGAAAGUAGAAGCAGAAGUGUUGACUGGUAAAGAGCGAAUUGUUGGUAGGGUUCUGCGGUCAAGGUUUGCAGUGAAAGGUGGGACUGGGAGUAAUAACACAGAGGAUGAAGUUGUUGCUGUGGAGAAAAGUGGAGGCGUUGAUGGGUCUGAAAUGAAAUGUGUUGAGGUGAAGGAGGAAAUGAGCCAUCAAUUGGUUGAGGGCCUGGAAAAGAAGCCCAAAGGUAAGCGUGGGAGACCUCCCAAAUUGGGAAAGGUAGAGAAUGGUUUAUCAGCCAGUGGAUUGAAGAAGAAGAAACUUAAGCGUGGGAGACCUUGUAAAGUGGACAACAAUGUGAUUAAUGCACUUGAUAAUGAGUUGAUGAAGCAGUCGAAAGGUAAGCGUGGGAGACCCCGAAAGGUGCAAGAGUCUGAUUCAGUUGAUGUUGGCUUGAGGAAGAAGUUGAAACUUAAGCGUGGGAGGCCUCCAAAGGUGCAAGCCGGUGAUGGAUCUGAUGGCUUGAGGAAGAAAUUGAAUCUUAAGCGCGGUAGACCUCCAAAAGUGCAAGAUAACGAUGCUUCUGAUGGUGGGUUGAGGAAGAAAUUGAAACGUAAGUGUGAGAGAGCUGUAAAGGUGCAAGAGAGUGAUGCAUUUUAUGGUGGAUUGAGUAAGAAAUUAAAAGUUAAGCGUGGGAUGCCUCCGAAGGUGCAGGUAAGUAAGGGGAAAUCGGGUAUUAAAAGCAAAAUUAAUUUGAAGUUGCAAGGUAAAAUGAAGCAGAAUGCAGCAGCUAACAGUUUACAUGGGCAGAGGGUGCUUAUUGCAGAAGAAUCCAACGUGAGAUUUUCAUCACCUAAGAAGAAUAAAGAUGGGAUGGAUUUGGUGACCAAGGACAAUAAAGCCUCAUUAGAGAACAGAUCCAAGGCAAUUAUCAACGCCAAGGAAAAGAUGGAUAUUAGAGAAGAGAAGAACACAGAGAAAGUUGGAGAAAUAAAAUCGCCUUCUGCACGGCAGUCAGUUAGAGAUAAAAUAAUAGACAUACUUCAGGAUGCAGGUUGGACAAUUGAAUAUAGGCCUAGAUUCGGCAGAGAUUACAAAGAUGCUGUGUAUGUUAAUCCAGAAGGAAAGACUCAUUGGUCGGUCACUUUGGCUUAUGAAAAGCUUAAAAUGCACUAUGAAAAUGGUGAUUCUAAUAUUUAUAAGACUGGUUUCAAAUUUUCUCCGUUACCAGAGCAGGAACUUAAUGUACUAAAAAAGGUCAUUGUUAAGGAAAGGGAUGAUAAAGGAAAAAGCAGGAGGGAGGGAAAAGGUGAAAAAAAAAUUGGAGUUAUUGGUAACAAAAAGCAGAAAAAGAAACUGAAUGGUAAGUCACCUAAGCGAAGGGCAAAGGAAAAAGAAACAAUGCACAAGCGAAUGCCACAUUUGGUCCGCGAUCAUAACCAACAGAAAACCCAAGGUAGAAAGCGAUGUGCUUUGUUGGUCCGCAACUCCAUGGAGGGAGGAGAUUCGGAUGCUGAUGGUUACAUCCCAUAUGAUGGAAAAAGAACUGUUCUUGCUUGGAUGAUUGACUUGGGAACUGUCUCACUGAAUGGGAAGGUGCAUUACAUGAACCGAAGAAAGACACGUGUGUUGCUUGAGGGUAGAAUUACAAGAGAUGGCAUUUAUUGUGAUUGCUGUAAUGAAGUCAUAACAAUUUCAAAAUUUGAAACACAUGCUGGAAGUAAACUCUGUGAGCCAUAUAAAAACAUAUUUUUAGAGUCUGGGACUUCCCUCUUACAAUGCCUGCUAGACUCUUGGAAUAAACAACAGGAAUCUGAAUGCCAGGCAUUUCAUUUCAUAGAUGUCAAUGGUGAAGACCCGAAUGAUGAUACAUGUGGCAUCUGUGGCGAUGGUGGAGACUUGAUCUGUUGUGACGGUUGCCCAUCUACGUUCCAUCAAAGUUGUUUAGAUAUAAAAAAAUUCCCUUCUGGUGAUUGGCACUGUGUAUAUUGUUCAUGCAAGUUUUGUUGGAUGGUUGGUGGAAAUACAUGUCAAAAGGAUGAUGAUAAUUAUUUAGCUACAUCAGCAUUACUAACUUGCCAUUUGUGUGAGGAGAAAUAUCACCAAUUCUGUACUCAGGCAAAUGAUGCAGUGUAUGAUGAUUCCUGUAGUCCAUCCUUCUGUGGAAGGAAAUGUCAAAAGCUCUUCAAGAAACUACAGAUUCUUCUGGGAGUUAAGCAUGAAAUGGAAGAAGGAUUUUCAUGGACUCUUGUGCGCCGAUCUGAUGUUGGCUCUUGUAAAUCUCUGCUUGACACACCGGAGAUGGUUGAAUGUAAUUCAAACAUGAUUGAGUGCAAUUCCAAGCUAGCUGUUGCAUUGUAUAUAAUGGAUGAGUGCUUUUUGCCCAUUGUUGAUCACAGAAGUGGGAUCAAUCUGAUUCAUAAUAUUGUCUACAACUGUGGGUCAAAUUUUAACCGUCUGAACUAUAGUGGAUUCUUUACUGCAAUUCUAGAAAGAGAUGAUGAGAUUGUCUGUGCAGCUUCAAUUCGGAUCCAUGGAAACCAAUUAGCUGAGAUGCCAUUCAUUGGGACCCGCCAUAUGUACAGGCGCCAAGGAAUGUGCCGGAGGCUUCUAGGUGCAAUUGAAUAUGUUCUCUGUUCUCUAGAUGUUGAGAGAUUAGUAAUACCUGCUAUCUCUGAACUUAGAGAAACUUGGACUUCCAUCUUUGGUUUCAAGCCCCUUGAAGUAUCAAGCAAGAGGAAAAUGAAAAACAAAAAUAUGUUGGUUUUUCCCGGUGUAGACAUGUUGCAGAAACCUCUACUGAAGCUUCCAGUCGUGGAAGAAAAUGUAAUUAUCAGAGAAGGUUCAAGAUCCACUGAAAAGGGCAAAAGCCUGCAGGGGGUCUUGUGUAAUGCUAAUGAGACAUGUAAAGGCGGGUUUGAUUUAAAUGUUUCCAGUGAAGCAACUUUACUACCUGCUGUUGAUCCCAAUAUGCAGCUUCCUGAUGGGCCCUCAAAUGGAACAUCUGACCUAACGAGUGAGGCUAUGAACUUAACAAAUUCUGCUACAGAUCCAAAAUCUCUUGGUCGGAUUGAUGCGGCUCAAGAUAAUUCUGAAGCAAAAGAAAAAACAAAUAUGAAUCCUCUAGGUUCAGUGGAUGUUCUUCAUGAACAAACCGAACUGAUAGGUGAAUAUCAGUAUGUUUCUGGUUCUACCAUUCCAUUUCUUGAUGAAAAGAAAGUGGAGUUGGACAGAAGACCAAACCUUCAUGGUGCUUCUGGAGAGGAAAGUAAAACUUUCAUGUUACCUUUGAUUAAAUCUGAAGCAAUUCAUUGUGGAAGACCAAUUUUCUGUGCUUUCGGGGAGAGUAUGGAAAGUGCCAACUACGAGGGAAAAGAAGAAGAUAGCAGUGCUAAGAACAAUUUCACUUCUCAUAAUGAAGGCUCUGUAAACCACUUUACCGCAAUUAAUACUGCUGAACCUCAGGAAAAGGCUCCUCUAUUGGAGUUAAAUACAUCUGGUGAAAACACUAUUUCCCUUGAUUCAGAGGCUAAAAGCCAAAUAUUGACUGACAAUAGGAAUUUGAAGUGUCACAAUUCUGAACAUUGUUCAGAAGACAAGAAGGUUGACAUUCAUAGAGUGGAAUACAACCAGUUGCAUACCCAAGGUGGUUUUCCUCAGAUUCUGCCCAUAUGUAGCAAUUUGCCGCCUGAGCUAGUUCGUCAAAGUUCAUUGACAGAAAAUUCUGAAGGUUGUCACUCAUCCUUGCCUGCUGAAUUUUGCAAUAGGGCUUUUCAAGGCAAUAGGAUAGACACUUGUGAGGUGGGUAUGUCUGCUCUAGUUGACACUGAAUGUUAUCCUUCUUGUGGGGCUCAUCUUGAGACUAAUGGAGUUUGCAAAGCGAAGGAGGUGAAUUCCAGUUCACUUGUGGUUACUGUGCAUGGUGUCCAGGACCCAAAAGAAGUUCGUACCAUGGCACUUGGUGAUGUUCCUACUGAUAUGAAUGAUAGACCAAAGCUAAAUGCCAAAUCCUUGAAAAUAUCUGAUUUUGAUUCUCAGGUUGAUCAUGCAAGUGCUGUACAGUGUAAUCCUGAAACUCUAUGCAACGCAGGAAAUACAUCAGGUGUGGCUCUUCAUUGUGCUUCUGCUGGAGGUAGUCCUUGCGGUGCUCCUGAAGUGAUGAUUCUGUCAAACCAGGCUAGUUGACAGUAGAAAGCAAGGGUAUUUGAUGGUAGCUAUUUAACAGAGUAAACCAUUUAUGUAAGGGCAUAGCUAACUGAUUGUUGAUAAUUAGGAAAGGAAUACAAGUUUUUGUUUCCCUUAAUUACCAGAUGGUAAAAGGCAGAAACAGCGCUUGUGGAGGAAUUUUUGGAACUAUGCUGGUGCGGUCAUUCCAGAACUGACGGAUACACUUUCUUUUCUUUUUUCCUUUUUUUUUGGGUCUUCUUGAAAGUACAGUUUUAGGAGCAUUGUAUGUUAAUAGUUGCUUCUAGCUUUAGCCUAGCGAUUAAUGAGCAAAUUGUAUGGCUUUGAGGGUUGUGUAUUUUGGUCCCGCCAUGCUGCCAGUGUAAAGGAAAUCAUUCAUUGCUUAACUUUUUGAGUAUAGCCUCCUUUUCUUUUUGCC